GGCAUCGAGUUUAUUAACAUUGGACUUACGAUAAACAAAAAGGGUAACAAGAGGGCUAAAAUUUUAAAAUUUAGAUUUGAUAUUUUUCUCGUCGCAGCUUCGUAGAGCAAAUUCCAUAUUGCCCGUGGGCAACACUGGAAAUCCUGCAUGUCUCAUCAGUAGCCAAUCAAACUGCGCCAUUCACUAAUACAAAUGUUGGCCAUGCUGAAUAUGAUAUACGUAACUAUAUAAUUAUCUGCAAUAUGUGCAUCAUAUUCACUGCCGACUUUUGCCUUGAUAAUGAGUGAACUAAGAACUAAUGAGUUUUACCUGAAGAAGAUAUAUCACGCAGCUAAAGUUAUUGAUGCUGACAAGGUAAGAAACUGCAAUAUAUAUAGUAUCGCACCAAGCCUGUCAAGGACAUCAAAUAUUGUCAGACUGAUUCAGAAGCUAUAAUAUAUUUAGGUGCCAAUUACGAACCAGCAGGAAAUAUGAAACUUAAAUUGGCCAUAAUGCAUGCUUAAAAACCAUACGGACAAAUAUGUUUAUAAAGUUUUAAAGAGACUCUUUCUCGACAAGUCCCAAUUAUCUACAUCACUGACGAUGUGUGACUUUACAACGUUCAUAUCUUCGAUUCGGUGCAUGCAUUGAAGACUAAAAUAUUGGAUUCAGCGAGUCAAAAUCUCCUAAUUCCUAACGAUUGUUUUAGUCAAUGUCAGCUGAUUAUAGCGAUUUAUUUUGGCCUGUAUCUUGACAUUUGCAUCUACUCGUUUAAAAAAUAUCGAAAAUGACGAUAAAUUAAGAUCGUCGAAAACCACAACAUGAUCAGCAUGGCGCCAUGUGUUAAUGGCGCUCGAUCUGUUCAAAUUAAUACUUUCUACCUUUGUUUCGUCGUUUUGAAGGGGGUAUAUGCCCCAUGAAACUUGGAAGGGAGCAAGAUCUAUUGCUAGCUCUCUUUAUGUUGGUAAAUUGUUAUCUACAACUAAUUUUACAACAGCCACAAGAAAUAUAAAAUACCAGUCAAACAAACUGCUCCAGUGGCGAAGCUCUCUAUGCAGGUUUGCAAACUUACGCAAUUAAUAUUGUAUUUUGGCUGCUUUAAUCCUAUCAGCUGGCGAUGUAUUUCCGAAUCCGGGAUGGACUUAUUCAACUUUAAAUCAACCUGGUCUAAAAAUUGCCAUUUAAAUAUCCGUAUCCUCCCGAAACAUCUAGACGAAUUCAAAAUACUCAUGAAUGAUAAUCCAUUUGAUUUUAUCACAGGAGGCCCAGGCUCGAUUUGCCCGCGCCCGCCUGUGCCUUCCUUAUAACGAGGGAAGGAAGGAAACAUUGAGACCAAAAUAGCCCAGACUGGCAUAUGUCACACGAAACUAUCCUCGAUUUUUUGCCUUUAAUGCAUUUCUUUCACGAUUAAUCGAUAUCCCCUGCAAGAAUGAUACCGUAUAACUCUCAAAACAACGAUGCUUUAAUCAAAGAGCUUAAAUUCGCUCUGAAAUCCGUGAGGGAAUAACAAAAUUCGCCCAAAAUAUAUCCGCGUGCCGGGUUUGCUGGACAAAAAACGGAAGCCGUUGAACAACUCAAAAUACACUCAACCCUGAUUGGACAACGAAAAUCAACAAACAUUUCAAAUUUCUGUAGUCAGUAAUGUAAUAUAAAUUUGAAUCAAAACAAUUAACAAAUGUUGUCGGGGUGAAACCAGUGCAAAUCUAAAUAUUUAAAUUUAAGAAGUUUAGUCAGUAUAAUAACGUUUGUGAAUUGUUUUGAUUCAAAUAAUCAAAUUAUUACAGUACUGUUCCAAGUACUGUCCCCCUUCCCAGUGCCAGUGGAGAAAAAUUUGAAAUGUUUGUUGAUUUUCGUUGUCCAAUCAGGGUUGAGUGUAUUUUGAGUUGUUCAACGACUUCCGCUUUUUGUCCAGCAAACCCGGCACGCGGAUAUAUUUUGGGCGAAUUUUGUUAUUCCCUCACGGAUUUCAGAGCGAAUUUAAGCUCCUUGAUUAAAGCAUCGUUGUUUUGAGAGUUAUACGGUAUCAUUCUUGCAGGGGAUAUCGAUUAAUCGUGAAAGAAAUGCAUUAAAGGCGAAAAAUCGAGGAUAGUUUCGUGUGACAUAUGCCAGUCUGGGCUAUUUUGGUCUCAAUGUUUCCUUCCUUCCCUCGUUAUAAGGAAGGCACAGGCGGGCGCGGGCAAAUCGAGCCUGGGCCUCUUGUGAUUUUAUUUGCCCUAAUAAAACCUGGCUCAACGGAUUCUCAACUUGCUUUAAAUGGCUACAACCUUAUUAGAAAUUACCGUACGGACUUACAGCGAGAAGGAGGUACUGCUAUUUAUUACAGCAUUUCACUUACGGCUCAUCAUAGAACUGACUUUGGCCAAGAUAUCGAAGCCGGUGUCCCAGGAAAUUUGCCCCCCAAAUUCUCCCCCCCCCCCGGCAAAUAUUUGGAAAUAACAUUUCCAAAUCAGAAGAUAAUGCUUGUUUGUUCAAUCCACUGACUACCACCACCUAAUACUGAAUACAACAGUUUUAAAGUUCAUUUUGACAAAAUAUUAGAAGAAACAUCUAGUGACGGUAUUAAAUUGUUAUUCUUUGGAGAUUUUAACUAUGACAUGCUCCCCUUACUUAUCAAUUAAUUCAACUUAUCAAAUCCCCACACGUAUUACAGAACAUUCCUCAACCCUCAUUGAUCUUGCACUUGUUACAGAUACGGAGAAAAUUAUUGAAUCUGGGGUUGUGCAGUGUUCGAUUAGUGAUCAUUCGCUUUUUUUUUUAUUUGAUAAGACGAGCCAGAAAAUCGCGAAAACGUUUAAGAAUAUUCAAUUUCAAAAUUUUAAAAAUUAUUCAUCCGAGAGAUUUGUUGCAGAUUUGCAUAGUGCCUCAUGGGAGGGAGUUGAUAAAUCUUUAACCGUCAAUGAAGCAUGGAAUGUAUUCAAAUCAACAUUAAUUAAUGUAAUUGAAAAUCAUGCACCACUUCGAUCAAGAAGAGUCAGGGCAAAGAGUCUCCCUUGGAUAACCGGUAAUAUAAGGAAUUUUGAUGCGCAAACGAAAUUUCCAUCGUAAAGGGCGCAAAAAACUAAGAGUAGGGAGGAAACAACACGCCUCAUCAGAGAUGUAAAGCGAGACUUUUACUCCAAUACCAUCCUUGUAAAAUAAAUAAAAGUGAUUCAGCUAAAUUAUGGAAAACUUUAAAGAGCGUGAUCCCUAACACUAAACAUACUGCAAAAAUUGAAUGUCCGGAAAGUGAAUUUGGUAUAGUUUGUAAGCCAAGGGAGAUUGCAUAAAGCUUUGCCAAAUACUUUCAAACAGCUGUGAUUAAAAUAAGAAGUAAAUUAUCUUCUCUGCCCAAUGUAGCAAGCUUAUCGGCUAAGGCAAGCAGUACUUUUAGCCUUUCUACAAUAAGCGAGGAAUUUGUUUGCAAAGAACUAAAGAAAAUCAAAACAUCUAAGUCAACUGGUUUAGCUAAUAUACCUGCACGCCUCCUUAAAGAUGGCUGUAAUGCACUUGCUAAACCUCUGGCUAUCUUAAUGAAUAGAUCACUUGCAGAAAGGGCAAUGCCAUCUGACUGGAAACAUGCCAUGGUUACACCUGUGUUUAAAGUCGGUUCAAAAACGGACCCUGCAAACUAUAGACCGAUCUCGGUAUUGCCGCACUGUAAAUUUCAGGGAGUUAAUUUAACUCCAGUGGUAUUAUUCUGAACCUAAUUUUACUCCACAUUUGGAAUUAAUUGAGGUACAGUAUAACUCCACCGGAGUUAAAUUAACUCCCCGAAAUUAACAGUGCGGCUUUUGUGAAGAUACUUGAGCGCGCUGUACAUACUAUGGUCUAUGACUGUCUCCAGGAAAAUCAACUGCCAACUGCUUGGCAAUCAGGUUUUCGCUCCCUACAUUUCACUUGCACAUGCCUCGUUGACACCAACACAAAAUGCACCAGGCGGUUUCACAUCUGUUGCGUUUCCGGACAUAUUAGGUUGGCAUGACUCAUAGCUUCCCUGCUUUCCAGUACGGAAUGACCGAAAUCCUGUCUUUUCACCCUUGUUCUGAUAUCCCUUUAGAUCCCCAGAUUAGAUUUCUGCUGCAGACCAUACGCCAUUUCUGCAGCUUCCACUUUAAUAGUCACCUCUUCUUUCAACAAAUCACACAAACCUAUAACAGGCCAGGGACGUGGUGGCUAGAGACGAGCCGACGAGAAGUUGUUGUGGGCCCUGCCAACAUGGCCCCUAAAAUUAAAACAUUAGAAAAAAUAAAAAAUAUAGAUUUUAAUUUUGAAAAUCAAGAUUAAGAUAUUACAAUUUUUAUUUCAAAAAUCUAAAUUUACGAAAAUAUUGUCAAAAAAAUUAACAAAUUACGGUAUAUUAAUUCAAAAGUGCCUGAAAAUGGUAUGUCCAGGUUGUCCCCCCGCUCGCCAACAAUUUUUGGGAAAAAGAUUAAUUAGCGACUGAAAUGUUUCAUGUUGGAUCAGUAAUGUCCCCUACCCCAAUCUUGAUCUAUCCGUCACUGGGCCCCAUCAGACGUUGCUCACUCGUCGUCCUUUUCAAGACCCCAGCACGUCCCUGUAACAGACUGUUCCUUGCUGUGAGUGUUUAACCAUCGACUAUAACUUUCCAACUGACGAUCCGAUAAUUUCUUCACAAGCUGUCCAUGCAAAGUUCCUUCUCCUAGCUCUGAUUCUCGAUUCUCUGCUUUCAGUUUCGCAACUGUUACCCUAACUAGGUCAGCAAACAUUUCAAAGGCAUUAACAUCAUUGUUACGCAUAGUCAGCAUAUUCUCCAAUUCAUCCAUGUAACCUCUCAAUUGUCGUCGCUGCUCACCAGAUUUCGACAGAAUUAUUUCUUUCACUUCGUCAUACGCGGGUGCUGAUAUAUUUCUAAACCACGAAUCGCUUCCAAAGCUCGACCAGACAAAUUCUGUCGCAAUCUUUAGAUGCAACGGCUCGUUUGAUUUGUCAACCAAACUUUCAUAUAGGCUCCAAAAUUCUUCAAACUUUGUUUCAUUACCAUCGUAAUCAGGUACUCUCAGUGGCUUUAAAUGGCGGUUUAGAAAUGAACCUUCCGUGUACAAUGGUGUAUGGGUUGGACUUGAUAAACUCGAUUGAUUCUGCUCCACUGUUUGCCUGUAUUAUACUAGUUUCUAUUGCGCCUUAAUCGAUUGUGCCUUGUACUGCUUGUUGCUUGGUGUUACCAGUCACAGCGGGUUCUGCAUGUCCUUCGUUAAUCAAGUAACUCACAGUAGAACUGGAACCAUUAGUUACCUAUUCAUUAUCAUUGUCUUGUGGCAUUGCCAUCACCUUGUGCCUUUUAAUAAUAAUAAUAAUAAUAAUUUUUUAAACAACAGAAAUCUUUAUUAAUAACAUGAUAAUUUAUACAAAUAUAUCACAUAAUUAGACUUUCAAUUAAAUCAAAAAAAUAGAGAAACAGUUCACUAUAUUAGACUUAUUUUUCACCCUGCUCGGUUUCCUUUGUUCUUGUCGGGGAAUAUAUUCAAUAUUCCCCUCUAAUCAAUUUCCGUUUAAUAAUCCCCUCUAAUAUUCACCUGUAAUUAAUAAUCCCCUCUAAUAUUCACCUGCAAUGUCUUUGCAGCACAAAAAAUGAGAAAAAACAACAUCGCGAAGGCAAUAUGGCAUUAAGAAUUAUUUCUUUUCUGACUCAUUAACGCGACCUCGAGGUGUGAAAAAUAAGUACGUUAUUUUGAGGCACCUCGGGGAUAUGUGUUUAUUCACCUCGGCGCUGCGCGCCACAUAUACAGAACCCUUAAUAUCCACCACUAUAUCAGGUCUUAGAGUUCGAAAUAAAGUUGAAGUACAGGUCAUACCUGAAUUAGGACAGUCCGCAAACAGUCGAAGAUCUGCACCAACUGCGACUUUUAAGUGAUGAAUAAUAGUCAUCAGAAUCGAGUCAUGCCGCCAAGUAUAGCGUUGUUGUUCUAGGGCUACCUUGCAGCUGGAAAAACGUGUAGCUGGGUUUGUAACUUGUUGCACAACUCACAGUUGGCGGAGUCACGAAUGUUCCAGCGCUUUAGGUUAGAAUUAUUUCCUAAACUUAAAAUUAACGCUCUCCUACCAAAGCAUACUAUAUUGCUGGGCAUUCGAGUGACAAUUUCGUGCCAUACUUUAAUCAUCUUCUUAUAGCAAGUAUCAGUUAAGAAGGUAAUGAUCAUGGAUUGUUCUUUUAGUUCUACAAAGUUUGACCAAAUUUCGUCAAGGUUUUUCUUUACCAGAAUCUUCUUUGCAGCGUUUCUUAACAUAUAUUGUUCAGAGAUACCAGCAGCCGCCCGUUCAAUAAUAUCAUCAGUGACGAUGUUUUUUGAUGACGUUUUGGUAUAUAGCUGUUGAAUAUCGGAGUUGACAGAAGUCCUCAAGAUUCUGCGCACUGUCAGUUUACAUUGAUUAUAUAUGUCAGAGGGGGAACAGAAAUCAAUUCCCAGUUGUAAUUUAGGAAGCUUUAGAUGGCUAAUGUUGCCGCUGAUUGGGAUCUGGGGCCAUUUCCGGAUAUAUUUGGAAAUUAUAGAGUCCAGAUUAGAAUGUAUCCAGCUUGUAGUAAGCGGGUAGAUUGAAAAACGCCAGAACUUUGAGUAGACAUAACUUUGAACCACGCGUAUUUUGGAAAAAGGAUUUAUUGGGAUAAGAUCAAUUUUCUUUAAGUAGUGUUGGAUUUCAUCACAGUUUAUAGAUUUCAUCAAGGAUCUCAAUUUUGGUUUCAGUACAAUCCAUUUCAAAAUUGAAUUGUUUACCAAAAUACAUAAAACUUUCACCGUCCUCGAUUGGGGGAACCUGUUGACAAGAGAUUUUUAUAGUAGGUUUAUACUGGACUGCUUUUGUCCCAAACUUUUUGAUCCCAAAAGUGUGGCACUUAUUUACUCGGAUAUAUAAGUCUGCCCAAGAGGACCAUUUACUAAAUGCAUUACACAGUAGUUGAUUGUCUUCGUUAUGCGCAGAUAUAAUUGCAGCAUCGUCCGCAAAUUGGAACCAAUGACGAGGGUUUAAGGAUAUAUCAUUAACAUAACCAAGGCACUGUAUAAUAAUAAUAAUAAUAAUAAUGGAAACUUUAAUAAUUUUGUUAUAUACUAUAUAUAUAUACAAUUGUAAAUCUCACUAAUUUAAGGUAACUUACAAUUGGCUAUUUGAAUCACAACUAUAUCAACUAAUAAAAGACAGGAUACAUGAAAAUAUAUAAAUAUACAAGACAAUCAGAUAUUUCAAGUAGUUAACAAGUCCGGACUUUCCCAUUCCUUAUUUCUGCAGCAAAAAAUAUAGUAUGUACUUCGAAUGGCAAUAGUCAUCAUUUUCCUAACACAGUACGUUUGGUAGUUUUUGUCCAGACCAACAUUUCCUAACAUUUCUAAGAAUGUAGAGCAUUCUUGCGCAAAAAUACCUAGGGAGCUCAUAGAAAGAUUUAUAAAGUUUACUUCGUUAAAAUUUUCGUCUAGUUGUUUUACUAGUUCUUUAUAUUUGGCUUUUUUCCGAUUAACGUUGUUCUCGAGGUUUGUCUCAUAGCCAACAGUGAGCUCGACCACAUAAAGAGAGCCAUUUGAUAACGAUAGCAACAAAUCCGGGCGAUACGUAUCACCAGUUAUUAUUGAAGGACUUUUGAAUCCAGGCACAUCAGCGUAGAGGGCAGAACCGUUCACAGUUUGCAAGGUAUUGGCAAGGAAGUUCAGGAUUGAAUUGUGUCUCCACGUAAAUCGAUCGAGAUAACACUGACAUCCAGCGACCACGUGCAAUAAUGAUUCUGGGCCAAGACAAAAGGAGCAUUCUGAACUUGAAGACAAUCCCCAUCUGCUAAGGUUCUUGCGUGUCGGAAGAGAGUUAUUGAUAUAGCGUAUGGUAAAGUUAUAAAUGUUUUUCGGAAGUUUUGAUUGAGCAGUAGACCACACUUUGCUAAGAUGCGACAAGGAGAACUUUGUUACACUAGAGAAAAAGGAUCCCUGACAAGUUAAUUGAUUUUGGAUAAUAAUAAUAAUAAUAAUAAUAAUAAUAAAGCUUUCUUGCGGUUAACAUUGUUUGUGAGGUUUGAGGUUUAUAAUAAUAAUAAUAAUAAUAAUAGUAAUAAUAAUAAUAGUAAUAAUAAUAAUAGUAAUAAUAAUAAUAAUAAUAAUAAUACAACUUUAUUCAUCAUUUCAUUAUAUCAUAGUUAAUACAGGCAACAAUGACUAUAUUAAAUAAUCUGUUCUUUGGGUAUAAUUAAAAAAGUGUCUAAAUGUUUGUUGAUAUGUACAGUUAAAUUUUAAAAACAAACUCUGGAACAUAUACCGCUACAUAAUUAAAAUAUUUACCGCUAAGUAGCUAAAUAACUAACAUAUUCCGCUAAAUAAAUAAAUAAAACAACUAAACUUUGUAUAUGUACAAUCUAAAAUGUUUGAGAGAUAGCACUCUCGGCGUUCUCAAUAUUGAAAUCAAUGUUCUUAAUAUCAUACAUGAUUUUCCUUGCCCUUGAACCCCUCAAGCAGGUAAGUGCCGAUCUUAAUAAAGCGAAUGAGGUUCUGGCUCUUAUCCAACUCAUAGUUGUCGCAUAAUCUUCGCCUUUCUUUAUGGCUACCAACUCUGCCAAUCGACUAUGGUAUCUCACACAUUCUUUGCCCAUACCGCCUGUGGUGGUGAAUACGAGUGGCGUAAAUGUUCCUUGCUCUAUUUCGAAGACUCUCCUUGCAUAUAGGCGCUUUUUCUCGUUUUCGUGUAUCUUGUAGACUUGGCGUAGCUCCAGGUCCUUGUACGAAUCAGCAUUGGGAUGACAAACCCUUACAUCAAAAAAGGCUGAUCGCUGACUUUCCCAGAACCCACGCGCACGAAUGUCGAGUCUAGCAUCAGGUGUUCUGUUGGAGCCUCCAUUUAGUUGCUCUCCCGAGAUGUCUUGUAGGACAGGCUCAACUUGGACGUCACUACAGACAAUGUUGAGGAGUUCCGCUUUCAGAUCUCUUAACUCAUUGUGGCGCAUAAUUACAAAGCCUCCACGUUUGCAGUUCAUGGCAUGGUAUCCCCACAUACACAUAUGGAAGGAUGUCGUCGAUUGGCCAAUCAUAGCGCAGCUUUACGGCGUCCCGAAAUUCUCUCUUAUUCAAGUUGAAUCCCUGUUAUUUUAGGGGAAGUGCUGUGAGCCACAAGGUGAUCCUUUUUCCGAAGCCACAUCUAAUAUACGCUGAAUUCUUGGUGGUGCACUCUCUCUAAUACGUUCUGCCCUCUCCUCCCACUCUUGCACUCGUUCUUUCCUAACGGCUUGUUGCGCUGAUUUUAUAUGCGACUCGUCGGGUAGCUGAUAUAACUGCGCUACAAUCUGAUCAACAAGGGGUGCUGUCACUCUUUUUGACGACACAUACUGACGUUCUGCCUCAUGACUUGGAUUUUCCAAGCCCAGGCCACCCAGACGUGCUGGAAGUGCUAGAAUGUCCCGAUCGAGUGGAUUGCACUGGUGAUCUGUGAUAGCGGGGAUGAGAAUCUGCGAUAUUGCCUUUUCGAGUGGCUCUAGUAGGUCCUGGAUGUCUGGCAGAGUUCUUAGGAAGUAGGUUCAACGAUGUUUCAAACCAAAUGUGUAUGCGGCAUAGGACGCUUGUGGUUGGGACAGUGCAAAUUCGGCUAAUUCUGUCUCUUCGUUGACCCAAUUAGAGACUUUCUCAUUAACAUAUUCCUCCAGUUACUCUCGUGAACCUAGCGCUGCUCCCAGAUGUUUCUGCCCAUGCACUGUUACAUUGAUAUCCGUUCCAUGGAAGACUUCUCUCACACUUUCUUCCUUUUCGGGCUUAACAAUAAUCCAGCAUUUCUCGUCUUUCGGAAAAUAUCCCAAGUUUGAACCAAGAGUAUUCAAUGCAUCCCACCAAUCUUUGAUUUGUGUCACACGACCAGCUCCACUCGCAUCGUCUGCGAACCAACACUGCUUCACGGUAGAUGAGGCCUGUAGAUUCGUGAUCAAAGGCAGGGUACUUAUCGCAUAAAAGGCCAUUGCCAAAGGAUUUCCUUGCGUGGUUCCUUCUGCUGACGCAAUCUCUUUGCCGCCAACAAUAAACAGCCGAGCUGGCUGUCUGUAGGUGUUUAUAGCGUAGGCAGCGAUUAUCGGACAUAACACACGGAUGUUAUGCAGAGCCACAGUUCUGUUAAGUGCAUUGAAUGCAUUGGAAGCAUCGAUAAGUAAAACAGCAUCAAUGUCAUCAGCUUCAAACAGGGUGUUCAUUGCAUGUAUUGCAGCCUCACUUCCAGACUUUUGCCCAGCGCAUAAUUGUAACGAUCCACUUGCUUCCACAACAUCCUUCUUUGCAAAGCUCAUAACACAUUUUGCACUUAUCCUCCUAAUUACUUCUCCUACUGCGAUAGGUCUUACCGCACCUUCGCCUUUGUCUAGGGGAAUUAAACGACUAGCAAUCAAUGCUUCAAUAGUGGUAGGAUCGAUAUAUUGUGUGCACAAAGUCUUGGUCAUUCUGGCUAUAGCUUCGCACAGUCUUGUAGAUGAUUGCUUAAAUCAUCUAAUAAUAAUAAUAAUAAUAAUGAUAAUAAUAAUAGUAAUAAUAAUAGUAAUAAUAAAUUGUUAAUUAUUUAUAGAAAUAGUUACUUUAAAUGUUCAUUAGUUCGGGAUUUGUCCAUUCUUUAUUUCUACAGCAAAAUUUGUAGUACGUUGAUCGGAUGGCAAUAGAUAUAAUUUUUCUGAUACAAUAUUGUUGGUGUUGAUUAUCCAGUCCUAACUCAUUUAGCAUUUUUACGAAUGUAUGACAUUCUUUGUCAAACACCCCUAGCGAACUGACAGAAAGAUUUAUAAAUUUAACAGAUGUAAAGUUUUGAUCCAGUUCUCUAAUUAGGUUUUUAUAUUUAGCUUUCUUGCGGUUAACAUUGUUUGUGAGGUUUGAGGUUUAUAAUAAAAAUAAUAAUAACAAUAAUAACAAUAACAAUAAUAAAAGUCUUUCUUUCAAUACUCAAAGCAAACGUGUGAGUUAUAUAUUAAGAAUACUACAAUUAUAGAUUGUUACUGUUAUUUACAUCAACUUUGUUUGAUUCCUUCUACUUUGCUUGAUUCCUUCAUUAACGCCUUCUGAUUUUCACCUUUCCCCUCAAGUAACAAACAGAUAAUUCAUCCAUAAUAUUCUGUGUCUCUUCUAGUGAAGACCACAGACACUCUGCAUAAGCUCAAUCUCUUGUUUGUCUAAUGUGGCUUUUGACACACUAAAUGAUUUUUCAAGUUGAUGUCUUAUUUUUGUCGUAUUCCGUUUACUUGCACGUUUGCGACAUAAUUCCAGGGAAAUAUGAAGGCUUUUCAUACCCUCAUCAACAGUAGAUUCCUCCACAGUUUUUUGAAGGCUGUGACUCGUCCCGGACAUAAGGGACCUUAAGCACUAAACAGGACGGCAACGCGACGACUGUUCACACAAUGAUAUUCCUGAUCUCGUACCAAAGAAAUGAAUAAUUAAAAGCCCCACGGGAUUUAGAGACGUUGUGUUAUGGCUUUUUACAACGGCAAACCAGAGAUUUUCACGUCUCGUGCACAACGCAAACAUGUCAAGACGCGACAAGUGAAACUAUAAAUUUACUCAGCAGAAGCGUUUUUAACCAUUUGUUUCAAUCUCUUCAAACUAAACUCAAUGGAACCCAACAAAGCCUUUGUUUCAAUCUCGCCAAAAUAUUUCGAAAACCAGCAAAGUACGAAAACGUUGUAAAGGGUCAUCUUCCAUAACUUUAAAAAUUCUUUCAAAUAAGACAAAGUUAAUUUAUUUUGCCAUAUCCCUUUAAAAUACUAACGUUUCAGUUUCUAAAUAUUUCCCCGAACAGGAGAUGAUGUAGCUACCCCAUUUUCAAGUGACUUUUAGCUAAUAAUUAAACAUGCAUGCAGGAGAACUUUCAUUUCCAGAUAUUUCGAUUGAGAGUUUAACUCAAUUUCAUGGUUUUAUAAAUUUUGACCAAAUUAUUCUGUAAAUAAAGUGAAAUAAACUCGUUAAUUUUAAAGGAUGGUGUAAUAACUCGUGCUGAUUAUGACCUCAUGAUCAAGAGAUAUAACGAGCUUGGUAUGCCAGAAGAAUACAAACAAGAAUUAUCUGACGCCAUGUACGGGAUGUGUGAUUCCUUGGGUCUUACAGAUAAGACGAAGUCCUUGACUUACGACGAAAUGGUGCAGUCUUGGAUUGAAAACGUGGAGAAUGCAGGUGGCUUUGCGACCGAUGUCCACGAUAAGAUGUUUCGAAUUAUUGAUACAAACAGAGAUGGAAGUAUAUCGUUGAAAGAGUGGGAAAUUCAUUGCAUGGCUCUUAGCAUCCCUGUGGAGCACGCUAAACCAUCGUUUAAAGCAAUGGACACUGAUGGAGAUGGAGUGAUCUCUCGUGCUGAAUUUAUGGCUUAUUGGUAUGAGUUCUCUCACACAAGUGAAGAUAAACUACAUAGUUCUAUUUUGUAUGGACCAUUUCAGUAAAUAAGGCACUGGAACGCCAAGAAUUUUGACAAUCCACCGUAACUGCAAUCGACGUGUUUUGGUAAAAAUCUGAAACUUGAUUGGCUGAACCAAUAUUUAACAAUAGCUAAGUUGAUUAUCACUAUAUUUUCAACAAUUAAAAAAUUCAAAUGGAAUAAAAAAUAUGCAUUACUCAUUAGUAUACAUAUACAAAUAUAUGUUCCACUGUACAUUUAAACAACUUAAUAUUGUCAGAAAUAUGGGUGUAAGGUGGUCUGGGCCAAUAUUUUUUUGUGAAAGAGUCAAAUUUUCGAAACAACCAUAUUAUACAUUAUUGAUUACGGGAACCACUCAGUAUUUUAAGAAAAUACAAAAUAACAGUAACUCCGAAAAUAACAUUUUGAUUUUUAAUCGACGUUUCGACUAGUUUGUAGUCAUCCUCAGGAUUAAUAAUAGUGCAAAUUACAGAUGCAGCUAUUAUAAAGCCAAGAAAGGCGGAGCUUAAUGCCAAUUAAUGAAGUAUGAGAAGUUCUUUGGAAGCUUUCGCACCGUGGUUGAGAUCAUGUUUUCGUCUGCGUAUAGCCAGAGACUCUUUAAAUAACAACAGAGACCAGUGGCCUUGACCUAUCAAUUAUUUUACAAUUUCUAAAUAUAAGUUCAGUAAAAUUAGUGUUUAUAGUGUUAGUUGAGUCAGGUGAAAGUUCCAUAAGGGAUUUGAUGUGUUGAAAAUGUUCGCAGCAGUUGAUGUGGGCAUUGAUUUCCGAGUUUACUCGCGUGCUAUGGUCUUUCAGACGGGUGUAUAGACAACGGUCUGUUUUACCAAUGUAGCUCUCAACCACGGUGCGAAAGCUUCCGAAGAACUUCUCAUAUUUCAUUAAUUGGCAUUAAGCUCCGCCUUUCUUGACUUUAUAAUAGCUGCAUCUGUAAUUUUACACUAUUAUUCACUUAUUCAGCGAAUUCUGGAUGCUGCCUGGCUUUGAUCCCCUCGGAGUGAGGCAGCAAUUGCCUUGCGAUAGUAAUCCUAGUAAUAGCUACAUCCGUAAUUUUACACUAUUAUUAAUCCUGAGGAUGACUACAAACUAGUCGAAACGUCGAUUAAAAAUCAAAAUGUUAUUCGGAGUUACUGUUAUUAUUUUGUAUACAUUAUUGAUCAUUGCUUUUUCAUUUCCCGGCGUAUUUUUUUAUUUGCGCGAAGAAAACGGGAAAGUAUUGAAAAGUAUAUCAUUGUUUAUAGUUUUGGUCCUUACCAAGCACCAUAGCAACGAGAUCUCUUUUGAAAAAUCCAUCCCAUUGGUUCAUUUAAAUUUGCAUAUUUUAGUCAGAAUAAAUCCCAAGCCUCCCCUCCCUAUCUGCAUUUUGUUUUGUUACCCUUUUCUUGCAUGUUACACCAAGUAUUUGCCUGUAUAUUCAACACAACAUCUCAAUAGGUCAGCACUUGUUUCCAUCCACCAAACUGACGUGACGUAAUUUUCGGGAGGUGGUGGUGUUAAAUGGCUAUGUAACUAACCCAAACCCUACCCUACUCUACUCUAACCGCAUCCUAUAGUGAAACUUUAGUGUUGCUGGAGUAAGGAAAGCCGAUCGACUUCGUUUUAAGAAAUCUAACUACAAGGCGAGGAGAAGAAUAAAGUGCGAAGAAAGAUAAUCAGGGGAAGAAAUAAGAGGAAAGGUGAAAAGAAUGAAAAAGAAGAGGGGAAAAUAUAUGCAACAGGUUCAUUUUAAGUACUCUUUGAUGUAAUUUAUCUGUUUUUAAAUGUAAUUUGUUUGUCUUCAAAAGUUAUCUUGCAACUUUGAACUCGAUUUUCUCAAAAUGAUAUUAUUUCCUACUGAAGUCGGGAC